AUGCGCUUACUAUUCAUAGCUUUUUUUGGCCUGGCCGUCGGCUAUGUGAUGCCUGAGGGGCACACCGGAAAACUUCCCUCGCUGGGCUGGAAUUCAUGGAACGCAUAUCACUGCGACGUCGAUGAGGACAAGAUCCUGGCCGCAGCCCAAGCGCUUGUGGACCACGGGCUUCGAGACGCUGGGUAUACAUAUGUCAAUAUCGAUGACUGCUGGUCCGUCAAGACGGGGCGGGUGAACGGCCAUAUUAUGCCCAACCUGACCAGAUUCCCUGAUGGCAUCAAGGGCCUUGCCGACAAAAUCCACGAUAUGGACCUAAAACUGGGCAUAUACAGUACCGCUGGAAACGCAACAUGUGCAGGUUAUCCCGCCAGCCUGGGUUUUGAGGAUGUCGAUGCCGCCGAUUUUGCUGCUUGGGGCGUCGAGUAUCUCAAGUACGACAACUGCAAUGUGCCCAGCAAUUGGACCGAUCAAUAUAUCUACUGCACUCAAGAUCGGUCCGACAUAAAUCUCACAGCGAAUGGCACGUGUACCUCGCAACUUGAUCCUGACCUGGCACCAACAAAUUACGACUGGCGCGACUCAAACACCUAUGACCGGUUCACCCGCAUGAGGGACGCGUUGGCACUACAGAAAAGUGAAAUUGUGCUUUCGCUUUGUAUCUGGGGCUAUGCAGACGUUUAUCAGUGGGGAAAUGACACGGGGAUAAGUUGGAGGAUGUCCAACGACAUCGAGCCCUACUGGAACGCCGUGACACGAAUCCUGAACAUCAACUCUUUCAAGAUGAACAGUGUCAACUUCUGGGGUCAUAACGAUGCCGAUAUGCUGGAGGUGGGAAAUGGCAACCUGACAUUUGAAGAGACACGUUCACAUUUUGCCUUUUGGGCUGCCAUGAAGUCGCCAUUACUAAUAGGUACAGAUCUCACAAACCUGACACAAACGAAUGUCGAUUUGCUCAAAAAUGAGUAUUUAUUGGCAUUCAACCAAGAUGAUGUGUAUGGGGCGCCAGCCACGCCAUACAAAUGGGGUAGGAACCCGGACUGGACCUACGACCCGUAUUCACCUGCUGAGUUCUGGUCUGGAGCGUCGCAAGAAGGGCACCUGGUCCUGAUGCUGAAUCCGAGUAAUGACACGGUGCAACGCAAAGAAGUUGUGUGGUCCGAGAUACCAGGUUUGUCUCCCGGAUGUUUCCAAGUUACGGAUGUGUGGACCGGUCAAAACCUGGGUUGUCUCCAAUCAUAUUCUGCAGAAGUCGCAAUUCAUGACACCGCGGCUAUUCUAGUUGGAAGUACAUGCUGA